AUGGCACCCAGCGAAGAUGAAGAGGACGACUACAUGUCCAUGGUGAUUGAGGAGCCUACACAAAAGGAGUCCUUUACCCAACGGAAACGCAGGGAACAACGCGAGGCCGAAGCUCGAGGCCGAGUCCCCUCCAAAGCUGAACGAGUAGCCCAGGAAGCUGCGCGUCGUGAUGAAGCUCUAGCGAAGAGCACAUUGGACCCCUCAAACAAGGGCUUCAAGAUGAUGGCGAAGCUAGGCUUCAAGCCGGGAGACUCCCUGGGAAAGCGAGACGCGGAUACACCAUCGGACGGAAAAAUUGACCCGGCACAGGCGCGCGCGGAGCCGCUGAAUCUCACUUUGAAGGAUGGUCGGGGUGGUAUUGGGUUGGAUAGUGAGAAGAAAAGGAAGCUUCGCGAGGAGGCUGAGGAAGCGACUAAGAAGAUUAAGCGGGAAGAAGGGGAUUAUCGUGAUCGCGUCCGGGAAGAGCGCGAAUUACGACGGACUGAGGCGCAGGUUCGUGCUGCGCAGAAGGUUGCUGAACGAUUGGAUCUGGAUGCGGAGACGGAGACUACCGAUACCAAGGACGGAGAGUCACAUACGGACCAGGGCGCGGAUGAGGAUGAGGAUCAUAAGCCCAGGCCGAAACGGGUGAAACCGACUUCACAGGUCAAUGUCCUCUACCGUGGACUCGUCCGGGAGUACGAGGAGCGCGAGCGCGAGAAACAGGCGCGGCAUGCCCUGGAGACUUCGCUUCCAUCGUCCUUCUUUCGAAAUCCUAAAUUACCGGGCUACGAUGACGAGGACUUGGAGCGCGAGGACAAACAGGCGAUUGGGAACCAGCUGGGGCCAUAUACCGCUGCGUUAGAACAGGAGGUCGAAGAAGAGGAUCCAGAAUUGGAUGCCUUCAAUGCUCUAGAGCCUUCUGAACGCCUCGAGAAGCUGGUGCGACAUUUACGCGACACAUAUCGAUAUUGUUUCUGGUGCAAAUAUCGGUACGAAACUGAUGUGGAGCUCGAAGGUUGCCCUGGGCUUACGGAGGAGGAUCACGAUUGA